CGCCGUCCACCAAAUUUAAAAUUAAAUUCAAAAGGAAAAAACAAAGACAUUAAUGCAAGCAGAAUGGAUUAAUGCUGUAUAAGCUAUACCUAUAUCUGUUUGCAUAAAACACGGAUUUGGCUUUUGCCACAGGCGGAUACAAGGCAAAAGCCAAGCUCCUUCCGUAUUUGCAGGCGACAUUAUUUUAUUCUUUUCAGUCUGCGAUCUUCAAUUACUCAUUCAUCCAUCCCGCAGGCCUUUCUGCAUAACUCCUCGUUAUUAGCGCCACAAGGAUCGGCCAUUGUAUGAAAAACAGGAUUUCAACUUUUGCCUAUUAGCAGGAUGGGGGGCCAUAUGCAGCAGAGUAGUGCAGCGGUAUAUGAUCACACGGGAGGUUUUGGGGAAGCCGGCGAUGCCGCCAUGUCGCGAUGGUUGCAGUCUGCUGGCCUGCAGCAUUUGGCAUCCAACGGACUCGAUCAGAGGUUUCUUCCAAAUUUACUUGCGCAGGGAUAUGGUGCACAAUCCUUGGAGGAGAAGCAGAAGGUGUUUAGGAUGUUAAGGAGCAUGAACAUGGGUAAUGAAAAUGGGCUGGACACUCUAACUCCACCAUUGGCUAACACGGACGGGUUCUUGUCCCCUGAAAUGAGAGGUGACUUUGGAGCUGGGCUUUUGGAUUUGCAUGCCGUAGAUGACAAUGAACUGCUUUCUGAGCAUACAUUGGCAGAAUCUUUUGAAACAUCACCGUUCAUGCCUAUCAAUGAAAGAGGUUUUGAGAACAGUUUUGAUGCUGGCAGCAGUUCAGGAAAACAGCUAAUGGGUCAGAUGGACAUAAACUCUUUAAGAUCAUCUGCAACGGAUAGAGAAGUCAAUGGGAAAGAAGGCAACCUGGCAAAAAUUAGAGUUGUGGUACGAAAAAGGCCUUUAAACAAAAAGGAGUUGGCUCGAAAGGAAGAUGACAUAGUGACAAUUGAUUCAAAGGCAUGUUCAUUAACUGUUCAUGAGACUAAGUUAAAGGUGGAUUUGACAGCAUAUGUGGAGAAAAGUGAAUUUACUUUUGACUCUGUUUUAGACUCGUAUGUCACCAACGAGGAGGUUUAUCGAUGUACUGUGGAACCCAUUAUUCCCAUUCUCUUUCAUCGCACAAAAGCAACAUGUUUUGCAUAUGGUCAGACAGGUAGUGGAAAAACCUACACAAUGCAGCCAUUACCUCUUAAGGCAUCAGAGGAUAUACUAGGUCGUAUGAAUCAACCUGUAUACCGAAAUCAAGGAUUCCACCUGUGGCUUAGCUUUUUUGAAAUUUAUGGGGGCAAACUCUUCGAUCUUCUCAGUGAUAGGAGGAAACUAUGCAUGAGGGAGGAUGGUCGGCAACAAGUCUGUAUUGUUGGCUUGCAAGAAUUUGAAGUCUCAGAUGUACAAGUUGUGAGGGACUAUAUUGAAAAGGGAAAUGCAUCUCGAAGCACUGGAUCAACUGGUGCCAAUGAGGAAUCUUCUAGGUCUCAUGCCAUACUACAACUGGUUAUUAAAAAACACAGUAGUGGCAAUGAGAUGAAAGGGGCCAAAACAGUUGGGAAGAUGUCUUUUAUUGACCUUGCUGGAAGUGAACGUGGUGCUGACACUACAGACAAUGACAGGCAAACAAGGAUGGAGGGAGCUGAGAUUAAUAAGAGCCUGUUGGCUUUGAAAGAGUGCAUACGGGCUCUUGAUAAUGAUCAAAUUCACAUUCCUUUUCGUGGAAGCAAGCUAACAGAGGUUCUUCGCGAUUCAUUUGUUGGUGACUCACGGACUGUUAUGAUCUCAUGUAUUUCUCCUAAUGCAGGUUCUUGUGAACAUACACUCAAUACUCUAAGAUAUGCAGACAGGGUUAAAGGACUUUCAAAGAGCAACAAUAAAAAAGAUCAAACUGUAAGCAAUUUAGCUCCUCCACAAAAGGAUUCACCACCGUCUGCUCCUGUGGCUUCUGUGGAGUCUUCUGAUUAUAAUCAGGAGUCAUCAGCUGCAUAUAAUAUUAGAAAGACAGUUGAAAUUCCAUCAUUUUAUGGUCACAAUGGAGACCUUGAUGCACAUUCCUCUAAUUUAGUUUCAAAUUACUCUCUUAACACCAGAACUGAAACUGGAAUGACUUCAAAUUCUUUAGAAAAGGAUAAAACCAACUUGAGAGAAAAGUUUUCUGGCAGUCAGAAAUUAUCCUUGGUAGGUGUGAAAUCCAAUGAUAUGCAUGAUGUGCUUUCUCCAACUAGUAGGAAGAUAUCUAGAGAACAGAAACCUGAGAAACAGAUGUACUGGCAAUCAAAAGAGGAUGUCAAACCUGAUGCAUCAUAUGUGGUUUAUAGCCGACAACAAUCAUAUACUGAUGAAUCUGCAUCAAAUGCUGCUUCACUAAGACCAAAGGAAACAGAAUAUGAUGGGCACAUAAAUGCAAUACUAGAGCAAGAGGAGGCUUUAGUAGCUGCCCACAGGAAGGAGAUUGAAGACACAAUGGAAUUAGUGCGGGAGGAAAUGAAACUUAUCACAGAAGUGGAUCAGCCUGGAAGCCGUAUAGAUCGAUACGUGUCCCAACUAAGUUCAGUUCUCUCACGCAAAGCAACUGGGUUGGUUAACCUACAAGCCUGUCUUGCAAGGUUUCAGCAGAAGAUGAAGGAGCAUGAGAUUUUUAGCAGAAGGGAAAUGCAUUAGUUUGAAGUUCAAGCUGCUGGUUGCAGGGCAUGGAUACAGAUGUGGAAUCGUGACGAUCCUUGUGACAAUUGUUGAAGAUGGAGAAAUUAGUAGAGACAUUGAGAGCCCUGAAGUUUGUCAAAAGACAAGAAUCUUUGCAUGCUAGUGUGUGCAUUGAAAUUUUGAUGAUUCGCUAUUAUGAAAUACUCAUGCAGAGGAGGCUUUUACCUUGGUUGUCACCUGUGAUUAAUACUAAUUGUAUACAGAAGCAUUUCAUAUGUACUUUGAUUGUAACCAGAGCCACGUGAGAAAAAUUGGGUGGCAUAUAAUGAAAACUAAAUUGUUCUAUAGGUACUUGGAUAGUAAUGAACCAUACUGCUUCUGCAAUGUUGUUCCGUGAGUAGCUAAAGGUGGGUGACCAUUACGCCAAUAAUGCAAAUCCACUCUUAGGUAUGGUAGUGAACUGUGUGUGUGUGUCUUUACACGGUAGCUCAAGCAAAUAAAAAUGUACUUUAUUA